UCACCGUGAUGUAACACGCUAGAAAGUUCCCCGGAUAUAUGAAGUGUAGAGCGAAGGUCAGGAUCGCACAGACACAGUGAGUUAAUAUACACAGUAAGUCAUAUUUAACAGAAACUCCAGCGAGUCUUGUGUCUCUUCUGGAGCUGGUCAUAAGAAAGGAAGAUGCCGAGAGGAAGCCGAAGCAGAACCUCGAGGAUGAGUCCUCCGAGUUACUCCUCACCAUCACCUCCACCAAUGGCUCGCGCCGCUCCUCCCCGCUCAUACGCCCCGGCGCCCGCCGCUCCUCCCCCGUCAGCAGUGGGCGCUCCUGCUGCUCCCCGCCAGCCGGGAAUGUUCGCACAGAUGGCGACCACCGCAGCUGGCGUCGCGGUCGGCUCUGCUGUCGGACACACGAUAGGUCACGCCAUGACCGGGGGCUUCGGCGGAGGCGGAAACUCAGAUGCUGCCAGACCUGAUGUUACCUAUCAGGAGCCGUAUCCGGCUCAGCCCAUGUAUCAGCAGCAGCCGUCAGCGUUUCAGCAGGAGCCGCAGCAGCAGAAUCCCUGUGCGUACGAGCUGAAGCAGUUCAUCGAGUGCGCUCAGACACAGAGCGACUACAAACUCUGUGAGGGCUUCAGUGAAGUGCUCAAACAGUGCAAAUUCUCCAAUGGACUGUCAUGAGGUUUGGAUUGGAGACAUGAACACAGCUAUUCCAUACCAUCUGCUUACUUCUGGAAAAAACUUCCUCUUAAAAUGCAACUCAAUCAAAUAUUAGGGCCUGUGUGAAAAUUAAAAGCAGUAUCUUAGAAGAAAUGCUGUGUAACACAUGUGAUACAUAGUAUUUAUGUAUUUGGUGUAGAUAACUGCAGCGUUCUGAUUUUUUUGCCUGAGCUUGAAGAGAUCACAAUGUGUAUUGCAGGGGAUUCUUUGUCAGUAUAUGUUCUUAUUGAAAAUGUUUCAUUCAAAUGAUGUGAAUUGCAAAUAAAAGGAUCAGAAACA